AUUAAUUUGAUAAGGUCUAUUUGUAAGAAAAAACUGUUACAGUUGAAGUUUAUCACAAUUUACCAAACUAUUGGAAAAUAUGUACGUCCCACAUGUAAUAUGCUUGUGCUUCCAAACAGGAACGUAAUUCAGUAACUGAAAGAAUUGAAACAUGCUGUAGGACUGUCGGAUACUCUGUACUUGAAUAUUAUGAAUGGAUUAUAAUUACAGGGUCAUCUAAGUGCAAGGAAAAUGUUCAACUUUACAACAAAUAUUUCUGCCGACGCUGAUCACGUGACAAAUGCUGCUGGGGCCACUAUUGUCUCUCCUUUGUUGAUGUCUUUAACAGGUGUUAUUGGAAACAUAUUAGCUCUGAUAAGCCUCUACAAGACUAGAACUGAUGUAAGGACAACAAAAUUUUACAGUUUGAUAAAAGGUUUGGUGUGGACUGAUCUCCUUGGAAUAUUGAUUACAUCACCUUCUGUAAUUAUAGCUUAUGCUAAUCAAAGGGAAUGGUUAGGUGGAAGCACUCAUUGCCUUUUCCAUGGCUUUACAAUGGCAACAUUUGGACUUGCGACACCACUUAUAAUUUGUGCUAUGGCAGUUGAAAGAUUUCUGGCUUUGAAAUGUGUAUUCUUUUACUCAAGCCGUUGUCGUACAGGCACUGCAAGAGGCUGUCUUCUUCUAGUUUGGCUCGGAACAAUACUAUUCGGACUUUUACCUUUAUUUGGCUUCGGGAGGUAUGAGAAACAAUAUCCAGGAACAUGGUGCUACCUAGACUUUCAUUCUGAUGAUAUGGUGUCGAAGGUGUAUAACUAUAUCUAUGCGUGUACAACCUUGACAUUAAUUUUUCUUAUAAUUAUUUGCAAUACUUAUGCCGUUGUAAGAAUUCUAAAAACAAAGGUAAGACGUUCUAGUGAAUGUGUGUACACGAUUGGUCAUAACAGACCGGAACAAGAUUCACUUGUAACCAUUAGAAACCAACAAGUAAAAACGAAUGACACAGAUUCUUCGAUGAUUGUCUUGCUGUUGGCUUUGACGCUUGUUUUCACAACGUGCUGGGCACCACUGAUGGUAAGUGGAAAAGAGUUAACACCUAGCAUGCCUUUGAUUCGAAUAAUAGACACACAAGUUUCAGGGGAAGAUAACGUUUUAUUUGACCUUGCCGCUGUCAGGUUGGCGAGUCUAAAUCAGACACUUGACCCAUGGUUAUAUAUACUUUUCAGGAGAUCAACUUGUAGACAUAUUGCUAAAAGUGCCAAGAAAAUUAAAGCAAAAUUUUUAAACACAAUUAGAAAGAAAUCAUCCCAAGAAAAUAACCAGGAGUCACUCAAUAAGGAUAAUAUUAAUAGUGAUAAAAAGGGUAUCGUUGAAAACAAAUACAGAUGUAAAAUUGAAGAAACCCUCCCGGAUUUGAUGCAAACUAUUGGAGAAAGGAGUGACUUACCAUUACCUGACGUAACAAAGUCUUCGGAAAGUAAAAACAGUGAAAAUUCUAUGUAUGUUUGUCAUUUUCAGAUUGGGAAAUCUGUAGCGGAAGAUAUUAAUAACGGGAUGUAUGUUAAGAUUUUAUAUUUGAAAAAUAAUUCUGAUUCAAAAGAGAGCAGCAGUUGAGAUUUUCUAGAGAAACAGCGAUACUCCUUCAAAGUACAACAUAUAUAUGAUUGAUAACAAGUUAAAGCCUUACUUAACAAGAAACCAACAUCAAAGUAGACAUUAUGUUUUGCAAAUUUCAUUAUAUACAGAUAUGGGUAUCAAACAAACAUC